AUGCCCACCAAUGGCACGCCCAAUUCCCCUCCAAUACCCUCUCAUUCUCCUUCAAAUUCCAUAUCUACAAAGGAGUCGCGCCUAUCCAUAGAUAGCGAGCGCAGUGUCUCCAACAGUGCGCCUCCCACACUCCCAAAUGGUGUGAAUGGUCACACCUUAUCUAACGGGAAGCAAAACGAGGAUGACGACGGAGAUCUGGUCGAACGCUUGCAACGCGAGCUUGAGCAGACGAGGGAGGAAAAGGAGACGUUGGCAACUCAAUACCGCAAUCUUCUUGCAAAGUUGACACAGAUGAGAACAACCCUCGGCAAUAAACUGAAGCAAGACGCCGAAGAAUUAGACCGGAGGGAACAGCUCAUUCAACAACUAACCACGCAGAAUGAGGACCUUCUUUCAACUGUCGAAACGCUCAAGCAGGAACUUAUCGAUUCACAUGAAGAAGCCGACCGUGCGCAAAUUGAACUGGACGCCAUGCGUAAUCGAGCUCUGCACGAAAACGCGCAAGAGGCUCUUAUCCGCGAACGAGAAUUGCGUGAAGCUCAGACAGAAUUGGAGCGAUGUCGAAUGGAACGGGACGAGUGGGAACGAACAGCACUGCAUGAGAAGGUUAUAUCAGACGACCUCAAGUCGACUGCGGAGACCCUGACGAGGGACUUGGAGCUGGAGAUAGAGGCAAGGGAGAGGGAGGCCGACCAAUUGGUUUUGGAAAGACAAAAGUCGGAAAACUUGCAGUCUGUACUGCAGGACUUCCAAUCCGACAAGGACCGUGAACUGCGGCAAGCUGUCAAGGAUUAUGAGUCGCAAGUAGUGCAGACAACGCAAUUACUAGCGGAGUUCAAGCAUCGUGCCCUUACAGCUGAGCUACAACUUGAAGAAUCGAAUACGAAUAUUAUACGUACACAAGAGCUGGAAAAAGAAGUCAAAGAGAAGACUUUCUUAAUUGGAAAAUUACGACAUGAAGCUGUAAUACUUAAUGAACACCUAAUGGAAGCUCUUCGUCGUCUACGGCGCAACUCCACUGAUACCAACGUCGAUAGACGGCUCGUCACGAAUGUCCUUCUCUCUUUCCUCAACACCCCCCGAGCAGAUGGAAAGCGCUUUGAAAUGCUUUCCCUAUUAUCCUCCAUUCUCUCCUGGUCAGAACAAGAACGAGAAAAGGCCGGCCUACAGCGCUCAAGCUCGUUUCUAAAUUCAACCAUCGCCUCCCCACCUUCAUCGUCGUUCUGGAGUCGUUCAGUAUCAGCAUCGGGUUCCCCCGCUGGAAAAGCGGGAGAACUGGAAAAGUCGGAUGAGACAGAGUCUUUCUCAAGGCUAUGGGUCGAGUUUCUCCUGACCGAAGCGGCUGCUGGCGAUACUCCAUCACGCUCGGCUAGCAACACUUCUUUACCUGGAAGUCCAACGGUAUCAUCACAUUUAAUGACACCAACCAAGGGCGGGCGAAGACUAUCAUCUUUCAGCUCAGCUGGCAUGGCAAGCUCACCGUCGUUACUUCAACCGCCACCGUCGAGGAAAGGCAAGGAGAAGGCUCCUGAUUCGUGA